UAUCUUUCCAUGUUGCAGCUUAAAAGUUUAUUUGAUAUGGGCGCUGUGCAUGUGCUUGCGCAGCCGUGUUUAGACCGAAAUAGUUUCUCACACAUUCAUCUGUUCUUUUCCUUGUCAGAUUAAGUGUGAAUCAACGAAUGCACCUUACUGUCGGUUCUGCCUAUAGUUGGCUCUUCCACGACCCUGUCGGUUUUGACAUCAGGUUUCGUUUCACAUUCAAAUUUCCUGAACUCACACUCGGUAUCGAACUUUUUUGUCAAUCAUCACGUUUAGGGUUCUCUCGGUGCAGCUGUCGUUCAAAGCUGGUAUCGUGCAAAGGCGAAAUAGAUACAUUUCGGUUCGUUUUUUCGAAGAGACAGAACAAGGAGCUACGUCUUUGCUAUAGCAAGAACAAUGGCCAGCAUUUCGGUUGCUAUUUCGAUUUCCUAAACGUAAAGCUAUAAAAAUCGUACGAAUAACAUUCAGAGCAGCGGCAUCGUGCCAAUCGGUUUCGUUUUUUUUGUGGUUGUGUCGUACUGUUGUGUCUUUCAGAAGAGCACGGAUCGUCCAUUUCCGUGCGUCUGCACUUGUUGUAUGUGCUAUUCGUGCGCGGCAACGCAGAAUCCUCCGUAUUGUUACAAGCCCAUGCACUUCGUAUUCGUUCCACUCCCAGGUCCUCCACCAUUCUACAUUUGUACCAUAUCCAUCUUUUCUACCUUAGAUUCGAAUUCGAAUAGUAUCUUUGUACCUGCUUAUUUACGUUCUUGUUUAUUCGCAUACCUUUUCCUUUUCUAAUCCCACCUGUGCUGCACGACUAUUUGCCACCGGAGCAGAUCUCCCCCACAUAUGACCAUGCGUGCCUCUGCUUUCUUGUAGCCUCGCUGGCCCAAGCCAGAUCUGGUUGCAGGAGAGAUAGGACGCACAACAAGUUCACUUUCAACAUCGCAGCGAACCGGUUGUACAGCGCGUACCGGCUGGGAGAACAAAAAAUGGAGCACGCCACGUCACCAAGCUUCUGCUUGAAGAGCGUCGUCGCAGACUACCAGCAGACCAGACCCACACCGACCCCGGCACACAGGCUAUACAAGCAGGUAUUUUUGAUUUCGAUUUGUUCUUGACGAUUGGUCUUCAUGCCCUCUUCGGUGUCGCGGUGCUUGGCCUUUUGUAUUUCCUAUUCUCAGUUGAAAUGAUGAAAGAUGGCACUGCUCGACGAGAAACUGAUGCGGUAGGAUGAUUUCGAUUUUGAAAUUGAAACUACUACACGAUGGAAUGCUGAUACUUAUCACUAAAUCACUAUCACAGGAUACCAUUUUGAAGUUGUCGGACCACCGAGUUCUGAACUCCGUAAACGCGCAACAUCACGCGUGGACCAGCGGGCCGGUUGUUGUGGAGCACGGUCUUAGUUCCUGUGCGACGACAGGUUCCUCACCAAAUGCCGCGGCUGCGUCGUCCUUUCUCCUCACCCAAGCCUCGUCGAACCACGCCGCACCCUUGCAGCAUGUCAUGCGUGAGAUGGCGCACAACCAGCAGAAUAUCAGCUCGACCAGCCCGGUUUUACCCUUUCAUGCCUCGCCAGCAAACAUUCAGCUGCACACUGCAAGAGCUGGCGCGGGUGGGAAGAUGAUUGACGAGCAGCCGUGUAGUGCUUCUCGUCGUGGUGAGACGAGUGCACUAACAGCUACCACCUGUACAACGACAUCCACAACUUGCGAUGCUGGCGACAGAUGCUGCGCGGUGAGACAACUGAAUCAGCAAAGGAACAAUACCUUGAUGCAACAGAGACUUGGUGGGGUAGACGACAUGAAAAUGAACGCAGCAUCAAAUAACACGAGCUCGAGCAACAUAAAGACGCCAAACAAAGGUGUAGAACAACAACAAAAUGUAAAUGGAGCAGGCAACAACAAGACGAUCUCGCAAGUGAGAAGGGCCGCUGCGCCGCUCUUCACAGCUGCAGCAGUGAAUGCCUCGACACCACGUGCCGCCACGAAAUUUUCCAACAUUCCCACGAGUUUGUUGCUGCAGAACAGCACAGCAACGCUGGAGCAGAAGAAAUGCUCACCCUUCAUUCUGGACAUGGCCCUGUCUUCGAAAAAAUGCGCUGGCCGGCUGUCUGAUAGCAGUACAAUCUUUGCUUAUUUUUACUGGUAGUUCUUUACAAUAGCACCUGUAACGCAAGAGAAUUCAUUAAUCUUUUCUUCAAGACCUUCUCGUCACGUCCACCUUCUCAAAAAAGAAUUACGGCAAAAAAUAAAACUCAAUCUUCUUCCCAUUAUCCAGGUCACACCAGUGGUAGCGGGCAGAGUACAGAGGAGCAGAUAUACGAGUCAGAUUUUGAGUCGGAAAGCACGAGCGAGAACGAGCAGCGGCUUUGGCAGAUGCAACAGCGGCAGAACAUCAAGACCCAAGCAUUGAUAUGAAUUGCAAAAGUAUCGUACUCGUAUAAAUGCAUUACAAACUCCCUCAGCAUGAGAAAUAAAAUUUGUAAUGCAGAUUUGCCUUGGGAACAAGGUUUGUAAUGCAAGACUUGCAUUUGUACGAGUACGAUACUUUUGCACUGGAUAAUUGACCAAGGCCGAGGAGGAGAAAAAGAAGGACCAGGUGGAAUACGUCAUAUGGAUUGCAAAUAUGUCUGGGUCUGGAAGGCUGCAACUUGUAAUGCUGUCCCUGGAUUCUGAAAAAAUUUGUAUUGCAUGACCAGCAAGAGGACUCCAGUUUGUGCUACGCGGAGAGGGCAUUUCUCAUGCGGAAGGCGCAUCGGGAAGCCCUCUAAAAAUCUGUGAUGCUACGGCAUGCAUUGCAGACCUCAUGGGUCAUGAAAAAGCUGCAUGACAAAUCGCGCAUUCUUCCAGACCCAGACAUUUUUGCAAUGCAUACGUCAUGCCGGUGAGCAACGAGGAAGUGGAACUCAUCGACGGGGAUUGGGUCAUUUGCAACAACACGGAGUUGAUGUAAAAGAUUGUUGAGAUGCAUCUUUAAUACUGUAGUUGCAAGAACCGCUUGUACUAUGCUAUGCAGGUCAACAUCUUCUACUUCUUCCGAGCUCUUCUACACUCACUGGCUAUGUCAUCUUUCUUUUGUACAAUACACCCCAAAAAAAUGCACGCCGAAAUGUAAAAAUUGUUUCUAUUUUUUCAAGCCCCUUUUUAUCGAGUACUUUUUUUUCUCUGCGUUUUACCAAAUGAAGAUGAACUUCUUCUAUGUAUCCCCCACAAAUGUCGAAGAUCUGCAUUCUCAACUGUAUUGGAAAAUGCGCAAAACCAAAAAAAAAAAUCAGAAGCGAAAAAUACUAUGUCGAAGGAAGCUUCGCGAUCUCUAUGAGCAUGAUCUGGAAAUACAAGUAUUUAUCCAGCGUGUAAAAUUCAAAAUUUUCAGGGUCAUCGCUUUGUGGAACUAGGUCGUGGAAGACGAAAUAAUUUUUUUUUGUCUGGUGCUCUACAUGACGCAUUUCUCCCGCCUUGAAAAUCAAAGUCAAACACUGG